AUGCGCGCCGUUAUCUCCACCGCCACGGCCCUCUUCGCUGCCCUCGCGACAGCCCAGAGCUCCGACAACUCCUUCAACAACCCCGCCGGUGGCUACAAAUUCACAGCUGGACAGACCACUACCCUGACCUGGGAGGCGGACACCCCCGGCACCGUGUCGCUGCUCCUGCAGCAGGCCGGCGGCGUGACGACUGCAGAGUCUGGCAUGGCCAUUGCCUCCAAUAUCGCCAACUCGGGAACCUACAGCUGGAGCGUGCCCGCGGACCUGGUCGCCGGGCAGGAGUACACCAUUGAGAUCAUCGACGACGCCAAUGAGAACGACUACAACUUCCUGCCCAUUUUCACCGUCGCUGGUGCGACAGGUGCAGCCUCUACCACGGCCGCCUCUAGCUCGUCCGCUCCUACUAGCACCAGCGCCAGCGCCAGCACGACUUCGACCUCGUCCUCGACUGCGUCCACUAGCGCCACCACCCAGACCACCAUGAGCACCAUGAGCACUAUGAGCUCCAUGAGCUCCAUGAGUUCCAUGAGCACCAUGAGCACGGCUGCUACCGGCUCGUCUCACACCCCUACCAAGUCGUCGACCUCUAAGACAGCCUCUCAGACGGCCUCGCAGUCCUCUGUGCCGGAUGUUAACGCCGGCGUAGCGAACCGCGUCUCGGGCGGGAUGCUGGCUGCUGCUAUCGGUGUGCUGGCUGUGAUGUAA